AUGGGUUUUACACCGAUCGAAAUCUCAUAUGGACACCAGAUGUUGCAAUAUGCAACAGGUUUCUGCUAUUUUUUCAAAUAUUUGAUGACCAUUCUUACUUCUACUGCUUUCAGCCAUGCAAUGUCUGAAAUAGUUUCUGUUGCGCAGCAACUUUGGGUGGAAAGUAACGGCGACAUCGGUAUGUAUGUCUACAAAUCUGUUUCGUUUCUAUGUCCAAUGAAUAUCAGAGACUUCCCAUUUGACAAGCAAGUGUGCUCUGUGGAAUUUUCGUCCUUUGCAUAUUCAAGCUCAGAACUAAUACUUAACAUCGAUAUACCAGAGUAUUAUAGCACCACUUCGGUAGGAAUUAUUCUGUAUACGAGCAGGCGUACCCCGACGAACACAUAGGU